AUGAGCCCUUCUCCUUACCGGGGCCCAGCCGCUCCACCCUGUCUUCUCAGCAAAACGCACUUCGCCCACAGAGACAGGGCUGGAGUUGACAUGCAUUCUGCUGUGGGGAGUGGGGCAGGUUUUACUUCUACGACUGGUUUGGAUGCUCGGUCUCGCAGCCUCUAUUUGACAAUGUUGAGCUGGAUACUCUUUAGAUUCUUUCCGAUCUUCAUCAUCGGUUUCGGCGACCAAGCAGACCGCACGACGAAAUUCCGUGCAACACUGCAAGUUAUCGCCGAUGAGGAUUCAAAGGGCUCGGCAAUAAUUCUGUCUGUUUCAAGCGGAUGGUCAGCUCCGGCUGUGGCAAAUUGGCAAUUAUGCUUUACUUGGCUGAAGGCUGUUGUGCUGCGACAGCCGCAAGAUGCGCUGGUCAGUGGCAGCUAUGUCUGUCUUCCGAGGCAUGAGCCCCUGGAGCCAGGGGGUGUUCAUGCCUUCGUGAUCGAGAUCGGAGCGCCCGCCAUGCGAUACGUUUCUGACUUGCCGAGAGCCUUGCACAUCGUAAUGAAGGAGGCCGAGGCCGAGGGCGAGGCCGUGUUUGAGGUCGAGCUGAUUACACCCGGAGAAGGACAAGUUCGCUUGUCCGCGGAUGCGAAAAGCCCUCCCGUCUUCUCGGUUGUCCCACAGCCUCAGUCGGUCACAGGCUUGCCAGGGCCAGGGUUUGACUUAAGGGCUGGGUUGCAGCCCCCGCUCAAGAUUCAGUCCGAUGAGGAAGCUCGCGGUGCAGCCGCGCUCCUUCACAGAUGGCUGCUCAACUGGCCGCCAGGUGCUCCGUUCGGGGUUCCUGAUGGAGUCGCUGCAGGGGAGACCCGAGAUCUGUCGUUGACACUCAUUGAAGACACGGAGCUCGAAUCUGAAGGCUACGAGGUUCGGAUUCAAAACAAUGCAAUCGCCAUUGCGGCCCCAACUCCAUCUGGACUUCUGCAUGGUGUCGCCACCCUCAGACAGCUCCUAGGUGUUGCAUUGGCCGAAGGACUUAUCUCGGUGCCGGCACAGGUCAUCCGAGACAAGCCGCGCUUUUCACACCGAGGCCUAAUGUUGGACGUGGGGCGGCAUUUCUUCAGUGUGGAUUUCAUCCUUCGCCUUCUUGACUGGAUGUUCUUGUACAAGCUGAACACGUUCCAUUGGCAUCUUACAGAUGAUGAAGGCUGGCGCUUUGAGGUGCGAUCGCUUCCGAACCUUACGCUUUACGGCUCCUGGCGCGGACGUGGAGAGGUAAUUGAGCCGCAGUACGGCGGAGGACCGCACCGCUAUGGAGGUUUCUACAGCCACUCGCAGAUUCGAGAGGUUGUGCAGUAUGCAAAAGAACGAGGAAUCACGAUUAUCCCAGAGAUCGAUGUCCCGGGACACUGCUACGCUGCCAUCAAGGCCCUUCCGGAGCUUUUGGGGCACAGCACAGACAGGCAGAACAAGCUGAAGCCCUCGCCCGUGAGUGUCCAAGGCUUCAGGGGUAACGUUCUAAACGUCGUCGCAGCUGACACCUACAAGUUCCUGGAGGCUGUUUUGACGGAGGUUGUGGAGCUCUUCCCUGGACCAGUUCAUGUUGGAAUGGACGAGAUCCCUCGAGGUGCCUGGAGCGAGCAUGCAGAGGAGGAGGAGGAACUGAAAGCUGGUCUCACCCUGUGGUUGCAGACCUUUCUAGCCAAGCAUGGUCGCUCGAUGAUGGCAUGGGAAGAGGCCUUCACUCCAGGGACGGCGAUCGAUCCUGACACUGAGCAGCGGCCGGCAGCCUUCGCCUGGAAGGAGGACGAACGCUUUGCGGUCCGGGCAGCAAACGCGGGGCUCGAUGUCGUUCUUUGCCCGGCCCAUUUCCUUUAUUUGGACAUUGUCCAGAGCUUGAGCUUCGAGGAGCGGGGGCUCUACUGGGCCGCCCCGGCGCUUCCUUUGCAGCGUGUCUACGACUACGAGCCUGUAGAGCGUUUGCGGCGUUUGGGGCUCGAGGAGUCUGCCUUAAAGCGGAUCCGUGGGCUGCAGGCGAAUCUCUGGACCGAGACCGUGGACUCCGAGAAAAGAGCUGAGGAGAUGCUCUUCCCGAGACUCCUUGCUGUUGCUGAAGUCGCCUGGAUGGAGCCGGAGCAUCGCAUAUGGGAGAAUUUCAAGUGGAAGCUUGGACCUCAGCUGCAAUGGCUCUCACGCCAGGAGAAGCUGGAGCAUUGGAACCAAUUCUGUGGUCAGGUCGCCCGCGGCGACUUCCUCCGAGUUGCCCCACCAAUCUGA